UGCAGCAGAGGCAGCAACUGGGUUGAAUCUCUCACUGUCCUGGUUCCAUCACUACGUGGAAACCGUACCCUUGUGUUCACAGUUUCCUCACCAUGCUGGUAAUUCCGUGUCAAGCUCUACAGCUUCACAAGUGUUUAAAGCAAGAGGCAAAAGAGACAAAGCGCGAGAGAGAGCAACUUGCCAUGCUUUGUUAGUGACCGAAGAUUGUGAAAAGCCUCAACCCUCCCUCCAGAGAGAACCGUAAUAUCUUGACCUGCCCUACACACAAUUGAGCAACAACCACUGUUGAGGGGUGCAUAUGAACUACCGGAAACUUCAGUCUGUUUUUUUCGCCCAAAGGUUUUACCUUUUGUUGUUAUCUGCAUGUUAAAUUAAAUAUGUCUAUUUCGUUUUUCUUUAGAGUCUGGGAUUAGGUUUUGGAUUUGACGUUGGAUAUGACGUGUCAAUUGACUGGCAGUGUGAGAAGGAAGUGUGAGUCCGAUGCAAUUCUUGUGUCGCAAAAUGUAGGGAAGAAUCUGGUAAUAGCGGGCAAUGAAUCCUCUCCGGCCCAGCCCUUGAUGUGGUUCACCGUUUGCAUCAGGUGCUCACUCAGGUGUGAGACAUGGUUAUGAAUAAAAAUGUUUCUGUUUUUUUUUUGUAGAAGUCUAAUGCCUGGAAACUGUUCUGAACUGGAUCCCACCUGGAACUUAUUUUCUUAGAGCUUCCUGAUAAACGCUUGCGGGUUGCACUCUCACACAGACUGUGGAAUAAGACAUUCUUGUCGCUUAGUACAGCUAUUGAAGGAGCUCUAACGGGACUGGAGUGUUGAAUGUCGGAGGUGGUCGGGAAUCAGCUCACUGAAAUUUAUUACUCCGACUUUCGACGGCAACCAAGAUUUCGAGUAGGAUUGUGGAUGCUUGUGGGGUGCUCGGUGAGGGUCUGGUGAUUCCAUGGCACAAGUGGCAGUGAGCAGAAGCGUGGGUGUGCAGCCCAACCGUUGCGUGCAGGCCUUGGACAGUCGUGUGCAUGGCGGAGUGCAGGGUGCAGUGCGAAGGAGGGUGUCGAAGUUGAACUCCCUAAAGGGACUGUCUGGUGGGAAUAAAUUAUCUGGGCAGCUGUUCAAAACUGCAAAGACGGCUCCGAGAGGUGGAUCCUUUGAGAAUUCUGGGUAUGUGGCAGAGAUGUUCGAUAGUGUAAUCCAACAGCAUCCGAUAGUUUCGUCAACUUUGGCGUCGAGGUGGAGGGAGAUCCACGGAGCGAAUGACUGGAAGGGAUUGCUGAAUCCGCUGGAUAUGGAUCUUCGGACUGAGUUGAUCCGAUACGGUGAAUUCGCACAGGCAUGUUACGACGCAUUUGAUGGACAGCCGCAUUCGAAGUACAGAGGCAGCUGCUAUUACAACAAAGAGAAGAUGCUCCAAAAGGUAGGAUUGCAGGAUACAGGCUAUGAGAUCACGGAUUACUUGUUCGCGACCACCAGUGUUGACAGCUUCCUCCUGCGGAACGAAGCGCCGGAUGCUUGGAGCAGAAGCUCGAACUGGGUCGGAUUUAUCGCUGUCUGCACAGAUGAACAGAUGAUCAAGAAAAUGGGACGGAGGGACAUUUUGUUAGCAUGGCGCGGCACAGCAACUUAGCUCGAGUGGGCUGCUAACCUCUCUGGGAAUAUGGCCCCGGACGCUCUCGACGAGCGAUCUAGUGAUCCAAACGUCCCUUGGAAUCAGAAGGUAUUUAUAUUUGAAGGAUUUUUGAAUCUCUACACGACCGCCAAUCGCCGAACGCGCUACAAUCGAGCGAGUGCGCGUGACCAGCUCCUGACGGAGAUUCGGCGGUUGAUAACGAAAUACGAUAACGAGGAGCUGAGCAUUACGAUCACGGGCCACAGCUUAGGUGGGGCCAUGUCCGUUCUGUCAGCAUAUGACAUUGUUAUGUCCGGCGUAAACCGUCAUGGCGUCGAUGUCGAUUUUGGAACUUUUGGACAAAGCCCAACUAUUAAACCUACUCUAGACCCUACGAAGAAAAGUAAGACAAGAUGCGCAAGCUGGGCGUCAAGGUGUUGCGAGUGACAAACGUGAAAGACAUGAUCCCCAAGGUACCAAGCAUGUUCCUGAACGAGGAAUUCACGAUGUUUAACAACUUUCUGGACAAGCUUCCAUGGACCUACUCCCACGUUGGGCAAGAGAUUGAGCUCAACCACUUAAUGUCGCCGGAACUGAGGGAGCGAGGCAAUCUCCUGAACGCGCACAACAUGGAAGCCUACCUGCAUUUGCUCAGUGGCUACCACGGACCAGGCAAAGAAUUCAGGCCCGUCGUCGAUCGUUAUCUGGCGCUCAUAUACAAGGCUUCCGACUUCGCCUGCCCCCAAAAAACUGGCAUUCCGAGCAACUGGUGGCAGCUCGAGAACAAAGGCCUUGUUCGGAACAGGGAAGGGAAAUGGGUCGAGGUCGAGCGAGAAUUCGAAGACCUCCCUCUUCAUGUCCUCAAGGAAAAAGCGGCCAAAACCAACACCGCUCCCCCUCUGAACUAAACUUUCAGAUACUCCAUCUAGAUCGCUAGUGUACAUAAUACUUAGCACUCAGCUCAUCUAACACUCCACGGUAACAAAGUCCGUGCGAUUCAAUUCUCCUCUGCUAGUUUGGCACACAAACAAUGCUUCUUCCUGCAGUAGAGCAGUCACUCGUUGUGUCCAUCCACUUCUCGUAAUCAGAGGUUGUGGAUACGUCAGUCACGUGUGUUGAGUGAUAAAAAGUUGAACUAGAACAUAAAUAGAUCUUCUCAGCAACUGCCAGCCUUUUCUCUAUGUCGGAAACAAAAGUACCUACAGAAGUCAACGCCGAGUAUAUCACUGCGCCUAUGUAAAUGAUUCACCGUAAAUUUUAGCUGCAAUAGCGCAUCGUAGACUAGCAGGACAAGGAUAUUGUUCCAUCUGAGCAGUUCGUAUCGUUUUUCUCCGUUGUUGGGCUUCCAUA